GCGGUAGCAAACUUUCAAUUAUUUGCGGUUUUCCUUCGCGCAACCCGCCAGAAUGCCUCGUGCUGCGUCACCGACGCCUUCAGAUGGCGAGAUUGAUAUCUUCGACUCGCUAUACACCGACAAUGUAAAUACGAAACCGCAAGCGACGGAUGGAGGCUUCGAUUUCCUCGACGAUGCGAACCAAGACGACGGCGAUGAGGCCUUCAUCGCCCUCAAGCAAGCAGCCUCGUAUCGGAAAGCUGCGAACCAGACGAAGGGAACUGGUCAGAAAGGAGGUGGUUUCCAGUCCAUGGGGUUGAACGCAAAGCUUCUCUCGGCUAUCCUACGCAAAGGUUUCAAACAGGCGACUCCAAUCCAGCGAAAAGCGAUACCCCUUAUCCUACAACGGAGAGAUGUGGUGGGCAUGGCAAGGACAGGUUCCGGCAAGACCGCGGCUUUCGUCAUACCCAUGAUUGAGAAACUGAAGGCGCACAGUGCUCAAGUUGGCGCGCGAGCCUUGAUCCUGUCGCCAUCCCGAGAACUUGCGUUGCAGACUCUCAAGGUGGUGAAAGAGUUCGGCAAGGGCACGGAUCUGAAGUGUGUAUUGCUCGUGGGUGGUGACAGCCUGGAGGAGCAAUUCGCCUCGAUGACGACGAACCCGGAUAUCAUAAUCGCAACGCCCGGUCGAUUCCUCCAUCUAAAGGUGGAGAUGUCGCUGAAUCUUUCCUCGAUCAAGUACGUCGUAUUCGACGAGGCAGAUCGGCUGUUCGAGAUGGGUUUCGGGACACAGCUAGCAGAAAUUCUGCACGCCCUGCCAGCAUCGAGACAAACCUUGCUCUUUUCCGCGACUCUCCCAGCUUCGCUCGUGGAGUUCGCCCGCGCUGGUCUACAAGACCCAAGCUUGGUGAGACUGGACGCCGAGACCAAGAUUUCGCCCAAGUUGGAAAGCGCAUUUUUCUCUGUGAAGGCUGCGGAGAAGGAGGCCGCCCUUAUCCACAUCCUACACGACGUGAUCAAGGUGCCGACGGGUGAACCAGAAGGCGCACCCCAAGACGAAUUCUCGAAUCAGGUCUCAAAGAAGAGGAAGCGAGGGCCGGACGAGCCCAAGCAUGAUAAGCCAACCGAGCACUCGACGAUCGUAUUUGUAGCUACCAAGCAUCAUGUCGAGUAUGUGGCCGCUCUUCUGCGCGAACAGGGGUUCUCAGUUUCAUACGUGUAUGGAUCGCUGGAUCAGACCGCACGAAAGAUUCACGUCGACAACUUCCGCCGGGGAAGGACAAAUAUCCUCGUAGUCACAGACGUGGCGGCGCGUGGUGUCGAUAUCCCGAUUCUCGCAAACGUUAUCAACUACGACUUCCCCCCUCAGCCAAAGGUCUUUGUCCACAGAGUUGGACGUACCGCAAGAGCAGACAAAGAAGGUUGGAGUUACAGUAUUAUGCAGGAUUCAGAUGCUCCUUAUUUGAUAGACCUGCAACUGUUCCUGGGAAGGAAGCUGGUAUUGGGCCGAGAAGGGGGUAGCUCGCCGUCAUACAAGACUGAUAUGGUGGUCGGCUCUCUACAGCGCGAGGAGGUCGAGACGCAAGUCGAGUGGCUAAACAAUCUCUUGAAGCAAAACGAGGAUAUCAAGGCACUGCGGAGCGUUGCUGCCAAAGCAGAGAAGCUCUACAUGAGAACCAGAAACCCAGCAUCAAGUCAGAGCGCAAAGAGGGCAAAAGAGGUCGUGGUGUCAGAUGGUUGGAGUCAACUGCACCCGCUAUUUGGGGUUGCGGACGAGGAGGCGGAGAAUGCGCGCAACGAUAUGCUGGCGAGGAUCAGCAAAUGGACGCCAAAGGAAACCAUUUUCGAGAUCAACCUGGGCAAGAAGACUGCCCACAACCCAGGAGCAGAAGUCAUGAGGAAGAUCCGGGCCAAAAUUAUACCCAAGAACCGCGUGGAGAAGAAGAAGGGCGAUGCAGAGGCAUCGGAUGAUGACUUUGACAUUGCCGAUGCACCAGCAGCCCACGAAGACGGAGAAAGCGACGAGGACGACGACUCUGUUGAGAGCAAGGACGGGGACGACUCCGCAUCCGAGGACGACGAGGAAGACGACGCCUUCAACCACGAGGUGAUCUACCCCAGCGAGCACAACAACAAGAAGAAGAAAUCCUACAAGGACUCGGAGUUCUUCAUGUCCUACACCCCGCGCACGAUCAACGCAAACGAGGAAAAGGGCUACAGCGUCAACAACGGCGGCGCGUCCUUCGUGCAGGCGGCCCGCGACGUGACGAUGGACCUGACCAACGACGACGGCGCCAAGUCCUUCGGCGAGCCCGCGCGCGCAAAGAUGCGCUGGGACAAGAAGCAGAGCAAGUACGUCUCGACGGCCAACGACGCCGACGGGUCCCGCGGCGAGAAGACGCGCAUGAUCCGCGGCGAGUCGGGCGUCAAGAUCGCGGCGUCCUUCCAGUCGGGCCGCUUCGACCGCUGGCGCAAGGAGCACCGCCUCGGCCGGCUCCCCGGCGUCGGCGAGAUGGAGAAGACCGGGCUGGCGCGGCUGGCCGACGACAGCGGGCCCGGCGGCGGCGGUUCUGGUGGGGCGGGCGGGCGCGGUGGGCUGCGCCACUUCAAGCACAAGCAGGAGAAGGCGCCCAAGGAGGCGGACAAGUACCGCGACGACUACCAGGAGCGCAAGAGGCGGGUCGCCGAGGCGCGGGAGAAGAGGAUCGGCAAGUUCAAGGAUGGGGCUGGCAGCCGGCGCGAGGUCAAGGGGAGGGAGGAUAUCAAGAAGUCGCGCAAGAUCGAGGCGCUCAAGAAGGCCAAGAACGCGAGGCCUUCGAAGGGCGGCAAGAAGUAAUGGAGGGCGGGCGGCGUCACUGCUGUGUAUGUAGGAGUGGCCAGCGGCGGGAGAUCAAGCCGUGCAUCUUAUUGCUCAUAUGAUAUCAAAACCAAGAAUAUUCCUGCUCGCUGUGAAUCAAUCCUAACGGGCCUGGAAAUCAAUGUAAUUGGCUAAGAUAGCUAUUAACACUGUCUCAUUCAAUACAAA